UCUAUGCCAUUUUGCAUUUUAGCUCAAUUAUAAUGGAAGACCUUAUCUCAGCUUUGAAGCUUGCUCCUGAGUUUAAUGCUGUCCAAGUCUCAUCCAAUCUAUGCCAAACUCUUCUACAAUCACAUAAAGAAAAACAAAUUGUAGAUUUAGAAAUUACCAAGAAAAAUGUACAGCUUUUGGCUGCUUAUGUUUCAUGCAUUAAAUCUCCAUACACCAAAUGUGGUGCUCUUGCCGAUGAAAUCUGUGCUGUUUUUAAAGACAGUUGCUUUACUUGGAAUGAAAGUCUUGUCAAAAGUGCUGCCAGUUUUAUGUUGUUUUGUACAGCAGAAAAUUCACCAGUUGAGCUAUCAACACCAUGUACUGAAACACUUUUGGAUUAUUUUGAAACAAGUUUUUACAAUCUAAGACUCCAAAAAGCAGCAGCUGAACGCAUAGAUCCUAAAGAUGCAAUAGUCAACGAGGAAAAACUUUCAAAUUUGGUUCAAAUUUUUAUCAAUAAAGGAAAGAACCAAAUUAUUCAAUCAUUGGUCUCCAAGCUGCUUUAUUUUGUUCAUACUGCAAAUUUAACCCAUAAUAGAUAUUUUACUAUCACUGCCUGCUUUGGGUAUAUCACCGAAGCAAUAAUUGUGGUGAACAAAUCAGGUAAACCAUACAUCGAAGAGUGGACAAAUGCUUCACUUUUACAGCUUAUAAAACAUCUAGAUGCUUUAACUGCCCAUAAAAACGCACUUGAUUUCAUGCACACUAUGGAUUCAUACAAAACACAAACUGGUGGACUUGUUCAGUUCUGCUUCACUGCUUUAAAAUGUGUGCUUGACUGCAGUGACCAUUGCCAAGUAUCUGAUCUGAUGGAACAAGUUGUAUCAGACAAUCAAGUUUGGUGCCUUAUUCACAUUGGUGUUUUUCAUUCUGUUUCUUCUAUUAGAAAAAUUGCUGUUUCCAGCUUUAAAAGGCUAACAGAACACAUGCAGAAGCUACAAUGCUUUGAAAAUGCUGCAGAACCUAGUGUUUCCAGUUCCAGUUUAAAUUUUACUUCUUUUAAUCCAUUAACAACGAAAAAUAUUGCAACCUGUCAACACUUGGCAUCAAUAUUCGAAGCUUUGGAAGAAAACCAAAUCCAUGUCGUUAAACCAAUAUUUGCAAAAAUUAAAAGUCUUUGUGAAAGUGAAGUUUCAAUUCCGUUCACUUGGUUUUUGUUAAUUUCAAAACGACUUCUCUCACAUGAAAGCAAAUUGGUUCAAAAAGAGGGUGUCAGCUUGCUUUUAAAUUUAAACUACAACAACAAUUCUUUGUUAAAGGAAACCACUACCCUGGUUUGCUUUGUUAUAACUUUGCUGCAAAUUUUGAGAGAUGACCAGCUUUACUAUACAGCCCAAACCACUGAUGAAAACUCAUCAAAAGAAGACACCUCUAUUGUAACCAGCCUUCCCACCUUCCUAUCUACUUGCCUUGACCUUACUGAAGAUAAAGCUUUGUUUCUCAAACAUGUCGUACACCAGUUAACUCUUACAACGUGGAGUCCUGUGUCUUUGUUCUAUGUGUCUUAUGCAAUACACUGUUUACCUGAAACACCAGCAUGGGGAAAUAAAGCAGUAGAAGACCUAGGGUGUCUUACCAACAAAACUGUUCGUACCCACCACCCUACAUUGAGGAAAACUGUUCAGAAAAUUUUGUUGAGUUGUUUUUUUAAAUUUGCCAACCCUUCAAAUCUGUCACUGAGUUAUGUUUUAAAGGUUUUUCAACUUAAUUUGAAAGAAGCUGCUUUUACAAGAAAUUCUAAACUUUGGAGUCAGAUUGUCUCCUGGGUGAAUGAAAACUUUUUUGCACUUACGGAAAAUCUAUCUGAACCUCAGCUGUACAUCUUAAGUAAAGUAAAAGUUAUCCUUCAAAAAGAAUCUUCUGAAAUCCAGGAAAAUGAAAUUGAUCGUGUUUCAUUAUGUGCUCUUUUAAUAAUGGAUGCAGUGGCUUCAAAAAAAGGCAAACUAGUAGAAGAUAUUGGUCACAAUAUUAUGCUUGAAAUAUCAAACAUUACUGACAAAGCUGCAACACAUGCUUAUCUAUCUCAAAGCAAAAUACUGGCAGCCUUUUCUUUUAUUCAUUCAGUAUUUGACGUUUUAAACCAGGGCAGAGUCCCAAAGAAUACAGAUCAUGUCACCAAAUUCUUUCGAAACCAUAGCAGACAAAUUUUAGUCGGAACCCUGGAGUUUAUAACUCGGAAAAUACUCACAGUGGAGCAACCUGGUGUAUAUCUUGAAGCUACAAAGAAAUUAAUCUUUUUCUUAACAUAUGAUCACCCAAGUCAAUUUACAAGCAAAGUCAGGUCCUCUAUCAAUGCUAUUACUGAUAUGGUGUCAAAGGCACUGCAGAGACUUCACAGCAGCAAAACUUUCAACUUUCAAUCAUUGAUAUCUGCUUACAAGACUGUACACUGGUGUUUGGAAAUACUUGCUUCACUACACCUUCAUUUAGACACUACAGUUGCUACAAGAUUGCAUGAAUCAAUUCUACCUCUGGAUUUAUCCGGCAAAAGAAUAAAGUCGUCUCAACCAGUUCUAACCGGUUCAGAACUCGUUUCUUACUGCAACCUACACUGGUGUAUCCUGCCUUAUGUUAUCCACAAAUACAGGGACAUGGAGCAGUUGAAUUGCACUAGUGUUGUUCAUGAAAUAGGGUCUAUUAUAGACAGCAUACCUGCUGCUUGUCUGCAUCCAAUAUACAGUGCAGCAAAAAGUUCUAUUUGUAUGGCAAGUUUUGAGCAAACAAAUGAAACUGAAACAGAGGUAGCUUCCUGUAUUAAAUGUAUGUGGAAAACUGUAAAGGAUCUGAUAACAUCAUCUUCUUUUCGCACCCUGUAUUCUCACUUUGUUGCUGCUGUUUUCCAACCCUGCGUUCUUGCUUUUACCGAUAAAACACCAGUUUAUGCCUCUUUAUGUGACGUUAUUUCCGAUAUGAUAUCUCUUUCAGACUCAAAAUCUGGUCUCCUAAAUGCUCCUAUGAAAUCUUGCGUUGAGUAUUGGUCUUCAAUGUCGAAGGAACAGAAUCAAACCACAAAAUUAGGAAAUGGCAAACAUCAAGCACAAAAAAAUGUUGUUUUUACAUUACUUACUCAUUUUCUAAGGUCUGAAAAUUUAACUACUGAGAUAUUCUCUAAAGUCCAUAGCUCAGCACUUAAUCAUUGCCAGUUUCUUAUACACUGCCUCACUUAUUCUCCUGCGCCAACAAAAGACUCAAAAUCUUCUAACCAGGCCAUAGCAUUCUCAUGCACCCUUGAAAACGUUCUUGCCCCACCACCACCCACUAAUACAGAAGCAGAAGUAAACUUAACUGCUAUAAAACUGCUUCAUGGUUUAAAUCCUGGGCAACCAAAUCAUCAACUAUUUGCUUGGAAUAUCUUAAACAAGCUGCUAGUUCGUGAUGAAGAUAUUAACAAGGCAAAACCACGCCACCACUUUAAUUCUCCCACACACUUGGUAAAGCAGAAGCUGUGGCAAGGAAUGAUCUUACUGUUUCAAUUUGUUCCACCUGACAAAAGUGAUGAGACUGUACUAGACAUAAUAGACAGACUUAAACAGGACAUGCAAGCAUCUGUUAGACACCUCAUGGAAUGGAGUUUGGCAUUGUUGUUGUUUAAGUACCCACACACACAGCGCCAUGUAUUCAAAUGCUUAAACACAAACAUACUUGGCAAGAAAGGAGCUGUAUUUUCAGCUAUUUGCUCCUAUCUAACUGCAGCCCUUUUAGUUGGAAUUAGUAGGUUGUACAACAAACCAUUCGAGACCUGUUCAGAAUACUUCAUGCAAUUAAUAAAUUGUGCUAUACCGUGGUGCAUGACUCAGCAUUUUUCCGUCAGACUUUACGCAAGUGCUGUGUUGCUAAGAGUUCGAACUAUUUAUCAUGAAAAUGAUCAAUUGGAUUUUCUUCAAUCCAAGUUUCCGUUUCUUGAAAAAUGUUUAGAAUUUGCUGAAAACUCUUCCGGAAACGUCGGUAAGAACUGGCACCGCAUCAAGGAAAGUUUCAUGCUCUUCCAUCUUCACCCUUUGGAGGACUUUUCUCUCGAAACAAUUUUACAUUCCAUCCCACGAUUGUGUUUGUUAGAUAUUCCAGAAAUUUCCGCAUUUGAAGAAAAAGCAUCAACUGACUCAUGGAUACCAGUUUGUAAUCCAAGAAGCAUAUUGAGAGAUUUGAAUUCUUCCAACUGGAUAGCAAUGGGAAGUAAGAAGUUAUCUGAUGAAGCAUCAUCAAAUACUGACAUCAUGGAAACUGGGAAUGUGCAGAAAAAGAUUGUAACCAGUGACAUUAAAAAGAAAGCUGGUGGUUUGGUUCUUGUUGCUUCUUUGAUUGACAAGCCAUCUAACUUGGGAGGACUCACUAGAACUUGUGAAGUAUUUGGAGCUGAACAAAUGAUAGUUCACAGUUUAUCGUGUACGAGCGACAAGCUGUUUCAGUCAUUGUCGGUUACUGCCCACAAGUGGUUAAAAAUGUCCGAGGUAAAACGUUGGGAACUUGAGGAAUAUCUGGAAUCAAUGAAGCGUCAAGGUUACGCUCUGGUGGCCACGGAACAAACAGAGCAAAGUGUAUGUUUGACCGAAUACAAAUUUCCCCCGAAAUGCGUCAUUCUGCUCGGCAACGAAAAAGAGGGCAUUCCACCCAACCUACUGCGCAUGUGCAGCGCGUGCAUUGAGAUACCGCAAGUUGGCGUUGUGCGCUCUCUUAACGUGCACGUCAGCGGGGGAAUCACCGUGUGGGAGUUUACCCGGCAAAAACUGCUGAGGUUAUCUCAAUCAACCAAAACAUAGCAUAUGGUACCACAUAUCUCUCGAAACGCAAUCAAAAUACAAAAAGCUUGGUCUUCAAACCAUGUACGUAAA